GGAGCCGAAGUGUGGGAGCGCGCCGCCCGACGCCGCCCACCGCCGACACCAACCAGGAUGGCAAGGUGGCAUGCGGCCCACUGGUGCUGCGUUUUCUGCCUUCACCUGCUGGAAGUCGUCAAUGGGUGGUUACCGCCGACCGUGAAGAUAGGCGCCAUAUUCACGGAUGACCAGCGCGACAGCGCCGUGGAAAUGGCGUUUAAGUACGCGGUGCUGCGGGUCAACCGCGACAGCAAGAUCCUGCCCAACACCACGCUGAAGCACUACAUCGAGUACGCGCCGCGCGACAACAGUUUCCACGCCAGCAAACAGGCGUGCCUGCUGGUGGAGAAGGGCGUGUACGCCAUCUUCGGGCCGUCGGACCCGCUGCUCGGCGCGCACGUGCAGUCCAUCUGCGACGCGCUCGACAUCCCGCACGUGGAGACGCGGCUGGACGUGGAGCGACACGCCAAGGAGUUCAGUAUCAACCUGCACCCUCAUCAGCCCGUAAUGAACGCAGCGCUGCGAGACGUCAUGACCUUCCUCAACUGGACCCGCGUCGCCAUCAUCUACGAGGAGGAGAACGGACUAAUAAAGCUCCAGGAUUUAAUAAGAACACCACCGAACAUGGAAAUAGAGAUUGCGAUCCGGCAGGGUACGCCGGACACGUUCCGCCACGUCCUCAAGGAGGUCAAAUCCCGGGAAAUUUUCAACCUGAUCGUCGACACCAGGGCAGAAUCGAUGCCGACUUUUCUUCGCGCGAUUCUGCAGCUCCAAAUGAACGAUUACAAGUACCACUACCUAUUUACUACAUUUGAUAUCGAGACGUUUGACCUGGAGGACUUCAAGUACAACUUCGUGAACAUGACGGCGUUCCGGCUGGUGUCCGACUCGUUUCACGUUCGCGAGAUCCUGCGCCAGAUGGAACAGUUUCAACCUGUCGGCCACAGCAUCAUCUCCAAAUCGGGCGUCAUUGAGGCCCAGCCGGCGCUCAUGUUCGACUCGGUGCUGGUGUUUGCUCGCGCGCUGACGGCGCUACAGGGCGGCGCUCCCCUCGAGUACAGCAGCGUCUCCUGCGGCCGCGAGCAGCCCUGGCCCGACGGCAGCAGUCUCUUCAACUACAUCAACGCGGUACGGGAACUGCGCGGUCUCACCGGCCCCAUCCAGUUCAGCGAGGGCAAGAGGACUACCUUCAAGCUGGACUUGCUCAAGCUGAAGCAGCACGCUCUGGUCAAGGUCGGCGAGUGGACCCCAGCGGGUCACGUCAACAUCACAGACUACGAGGCCUUCUACGACCCAGGCACACUGAACGUCACGCUGGUGGUGACCACCAACCUGGACACGCCGUACGUGAUGAUGCGACCCGGCAAGAACUACACGGGUAACGCCCGCUUCUACGGCUUCUGUAUCGAUCUCCUGGAGCUGAUCGCCGACAUGGCCGGGUUCUCGUACAUCAUGGAGGUGGUGCCCGAUCGACGCUACGGCGCGCGCGAUCCGGAGACGGGCGAGUGGGACGGCAUGGUUCACGAGCUGGUGAAAGGCGACCGUCCGUACGUGAUGCUUCGCCAGGGGACCAACCUCACCGGCAAUGACCGCUUCGAAGGGUUCUGCAUUGACCUGCUGCGCUCCGUAGCCAACUUUGUAGGCUUUAACUACACCAUCAUGCUGAACCCGGACGGCAUUUACGGCCUGCCUGACCCCGAGACGGGCGAGUGGAACGGCCUCGUGCGUCAGCUGAUAGACAAGAAAGCAGACCUGGCAGUGGGCUCCAUGUCCAUCAACUACGCCAGAGAGAGUGUCAUCGACUUCACCAAGCCAUUCAUGAACCUGGGCAUCACCAUCUUGUUCAAGGUAUCGAAGGAGUCGAAGCUGUUUGUGUUCCUCAGUCCCCUGGAGAGCCGGGUCUGGCUGUAUGCCGGCGCCGCCUUCCUGGCCGUUUCCCUGCUGCUGUACCUGGUGGCGCGGCUCAGUCCGUACGAGCGGGUGCGCCUGCAGCGCCGCCGCCCGCCCGUCAACCAGUUCGGCUUGUCCAACACCAUGUGGUUCGUCACGGGGACGCUGCUGCGACAGGGCUCCGGAGUGUUCCCGCAGGUGCCCACCAGUCAGGAGACGCGGCUCUUCUCUUUCAUGAACCCACUGGCCGUGCACAUCUGGCUGUACGUGUUGGCUGCAUACCUGCUCGUCUCGCUCACCAUGUUCGUGGUGGCGCGCGUGAGCCCGUACGAGUGGCAGAACCCGCACCCGUGCACGGCCGAGGACGACGUCAUGGAGAACCAGUUCAGCAUCAGCAACAGCUUCUGGUUCACCAUCGGCACGCUCAUGCAGCAGGGCUCCGAUCUGAACCCGAAGGCUAUUUCCACCCGCAUCGUUGGAGGCAUUUGGUGGUUUUUCACACUGAUCAUCAUCUCGUCGUACACAGCCAAUCUAGCCGCCUUCCUCACCGUCGAGAGAAUGAUCACGCCCAUAGAAAGUGCGGAGGACCUGGCCGACCAAAGUGACAUCAGCUAUGGCACUCUGGAGGGCGGAUCCACGCUGACCUUCUUCCGAGACUCGAAAAUCGACACAUAUAAGAAGAUGUGGCGUUUUAUGGAAAACAAAAAGCCGUCCGUGUUCACAAAGACGAUCGAGGAAGGAAUAUCCAGAGUCCUGCAGGGAAAUUAUGCUUACCUUGCCGAGUCGACCACUAUUGAUUAUAUCGUGAACCGGAACUGCAACCUCACUCAGAUUGGCGGGCUGCUCGACUCCAAAGGCUUUGGAAUUGCGACAACAAUGGGCUCCCCGUGGCGAGACCCGAUCUCGCUGGCCAUCCUGGAAUUGCAGGAGAAGGCCGUUAUCCACACCCUGUACAACAAAUGGUGGAAAGACAACGUCGGCUCCUGCAACCGCGAUGACAAGAACAAAGAGUCCAAGGCCAGUGAGCUGGGCGUGGCAAACAUAGGGGGCGUCUUUGUGGUGCUGCUCUGCGGUCUGGCGUUCGCGGUGUGCGUGGCAAUCGUGGAGUUCUGCUGGACGGCGAAGCGAAACGCUCAGCUAGAUAAGCAAUCACUGUGCUCCGAAAUGGUGGAGGAGCUGUGCUUCGCCAUGCGGUGUCACGCAUCUGAUCAGCGUCCAGCUCUGACCCGCCACUGCGACCGCUGCAUGACGCCGGCAACGGCGGGCGUACCGCGCGGCGCCCACGACCCGCCACCGCUCAACGGCAGCCAACAGAUGGCGGGUGGCGAGCCGCACUACGCGGUGGCUGGACGGUACUGCUUCACGCCCUGCCGCGACUCGGAGGACAAUGGAGUGAUGAAGAUGAUGGAGCUCUCUCGAAGAUCACCUCUUCCUGAAUAUGAGUCGUAGAAAAUGGCGAAGUGGAGACCAGCGUCUUAUGAAUCGUGUGCAAGAAGUACCACUCAGUGGAGAGAAUGCUGGAUGAUGCGUGCACCACUGAGUGGGCAGGAAAUCGGCCGAGCGGCCGGGGCGGGUGACGGGGUGGUUAUGUUAUUAACACAUCGACCGAUGUGGAGUGCGUGAUAUUUCCGCAGGCGAGAGUUCAUUCAGGACAUGACUGCACGAGCAGCCGACGGAUGCUAUGGCCAACCUCUCUCAAAACAUGAACAGUGCGGUGGUUGCCAAGACGCAGAUACACGCAUGUAAUGUGUUCUUUUGAAGACCGGUGGCACCGGAUGGGGCUGUACACCAUCAUGCAGUGAUGGGGUUAUUUUGUGAUGCACGCACUUGUCGCAGACAUUGCUGCUACCGGUCGUCAGUUUGCUCGCAAGCCUUCGACGCCGACGUCCCACGCGUUUCACAUUCACUCCGGAUCACAGCAACCAUCUUUAUGAGUAAAAUGCUGGUUCAUCACCCGGUGUGAAUGUCGCAGUCACCGAGCUCACCCGGUGUGAAUAUCGCAGUCACCGGGCGACGCUGAACGCGGCCAGCCGCCGGUGGCGUGGCGUAGGUUUGCAAGUUCAUUGACCCUCCGUGCGAAACGCCGAGGUGCUGUUGAAAUGAACGUUUGUAGCGCCAUCUCCUCGUAGGGUUAAAAACUACUAGUUCACAGAGAGGCUGACUGGGAGCCCUUUUCACGGAGCUGAUCUUUCCCCCUCAAGGGCUUAUCAUGAAGCGUUCGGUGUGUUGUUAUGAUGAUAACUGUGGGGAACUUUUCUAACGCUUAUUGCAGGCGAAUAUAGGAUCUGGAGUAGGCGUAUAGCAUGAUGAUGUUUUGGUGGUAAUACAGUGAUCAGUCGCAUUUCAUUUUUGGUGCAAUGUUUUGACGAAUUUACGGUAGAUACCUUUGCGUAAACAACGUUAGCUUAGAACGUAUCCGAAUGGCUGCCUCGUCAUGUUGCAGUGUGAACAGCGUGUUUUGAGAUAUAUUGACGAUCCAUACUAUCAGACUUAGAAUGAUCUGCGUGCUCAACCAUUC